AUGCGUCGAGCAUUCCAGGUCACGUCGACGACGUGUCGUUCCCUCAGCCGUCGGCGUUGGGCGCUGGUGUUGGCGCUCGCUGGCUGUUUAGGUAGCCGUGCAGCACAUCUUCUUCAAAGGCGACCACUGACCACCGCGGCUUUCGCGCAGGCCGUGCAGAGUCGUACCAGUCAAGCCGUUACCCUCCUGGGACAACAGGAUGCCAUUUCUAUCGAUGAGGAGUUGAUGGCAACACCAGGUUUUUCAGUCGAUCAGUUGAUGGAACUCGCUGGACUCUCUGUGGCCAGUGCUCUGGUGGACGCAUAUCCCAAGUCCAAGCGCGUGCUGAUCGUGGCGGGCCCUGGGAACAACGGGGGCGAUGGAUUGGUGGCGGCUCGACACUUGCAACUGGGCCAACUGCUGGAGCAGAUUCUGAAUCUUCCAUCGCACCUGUCACCUGUCGCCAUGGGGAAUUACUUGGCGGAGCCAAAAAAGGACAAGGAGACUGCCACCGGUAGUGGUCCUGGCGUUCGCUGGGGCAGUACUGGGAUGCAAGGAUGGAGAGUGUCCAUGGAGGAUGCGCAUGUGACGCUACCUGAUCUGGGUUCCUACCUGUCGGGGAUUGGAAUGUACGCCGUCUUCGAUGGUCAUAGUGGCCGUGAGGUGGCGGCCUUCUGUGAGAAGCACAUGCCACGAGAGCUGUUGACCUUGGCGCAGCAGUCACAGGACCUCUUUGCAGCUCUGAGAACAGUGUUUCCCAGGAUCGACGACAUGCUGCGACAGCAUGAGUAUCACGAAGAGUUGCUAAGCUAUCGCAACCAAGAUUCGGAAGGUCCUGGAGCACCACAAGUUCCAGUAGAAGAUCUUCAGAAUUCCAUCAAAGAUGACAUGGCCGUUGCACGUUCCAGAGGCGCACUCACCAAAGAGGACGCAGAGGGUAUCCUCAUGAAAAUGAUGAUGCUUCAACGAGUGAAUGCCACGCAGAGCACAGAUUUGGCCAACGCUGUGGGCUGUGCUGCAGUGGUGGUCCUGGUGACACCCAAUAAGAUCAUCUGUGCCAACGCAGGUGACUCCAGGGCAGUGCUCUGUCGUAGGGGUCGUCCCAUUGCGCUGUCGAUCGAUCACAAGCCCAACUUGGAAACGGAGACCCGGAGGAUUGAAGCCGCCGGCGGCACGGUGCAAACGGUCAAACGGGGCAACUUCACCACGUACCGCGUCAACGGAAAUCUGAGCCUCUCCCGGGCAAUAGGUGAUUUGCAGUACAAGUGUCAUCGGCAACUUCCACCAGAGAAGCAAAUGGUGACUUCUGUUCCCGAGAUCGUUCAGCAUCCCAGACAUGCGGACGAUGAGUUCGUAGUGAUCGCCUGCGACGGCAUUUGGGACGUCAAGUCCUCCUCGGAGGUGUGCAACUUCCUGCGGAAACGACUUAUGCGAGAGAUGUCGCUUGAACUGGCCAUGGAGCAACUCUUGGAAGCGUGUUGCACCAGCGACCCUAAGCGGUCGAUGGGUUUGGGCGCCGACAAUAUGACCUUGAUCGUGGUGCUGUCGCCCGGAUGGAAAGGCGUCUCCUUCUUGGACCUCAUGUGCUUGCACGGUGACAUGACGUGCAAAUGUUCCGCUCCUGCGCCACUCUCCAGCCUCUUACGCUGUGAGAAGCGGUAUCACUUUGGUUACUCGCCCACUGUCGUGUACCCGAAACGAUCGGAAAAGCAGCUCUUUGUGAACCUGGUGACCCAGUGCGAGCAGCUUCGCAUUCCCGUUUUGACGGACCUACCGAAGCUCAAAGAUUUUGACGUGGCGCUGGAUGCUGUCUUUGGAUUUUCCUUCAAGGGCACGCCGCGAGAACCUUUCGCGAAAAUUUUGAAGGCUCUUCAAGACUCAUCGUUGCCCGUGAUGUCCGUGGAUAUCCCCAGUGGUUGGGAUGUGGAGAAGGGUGAUACUACUGGCAGCGGUUUACAGCCAGAUACGCUGAUUUCCCUGACAGCGCCCAAGAAAGCUGCAGCCUUCUUUCGUGGACGUCACUUCUUAGGUGGUCGAUUUGUUCCCCCGGGCAUCGUGGAGAAGUACAAUCUUCAGCUGCCAGAGUAUCCAGGAGUGUCGCAAAUCGCAGCUCAGUUGAGUUGGAAGGUUGGGCGCCAGAACGGUGAGCCAAAGCGCCGCCCCGUGCCGCCCCGCUGCAGUCUCUCCUUCGGUGGUGCAGGCUAUGGCGUGUCCCCUCAUGGAGGCGAUACUGCCACAAACUUGGGAGGUCACCUCCCCAUGGCCGCAGGUACAAGUCAAUCUCAAGCUGCUACACCAUGUGGUGUGCCUGGUUGCUCCGUGCUGCCGGUGGUAAAAACGGCCCUGGCCAACAUGGAGCAAUACAGGCCAGCCUUGUCGCCCGACCAGGCCGCUCAGGACGAACUCCAACGGGUGCAGGCUGAACUUCGAGCCUUAAAGGAAGAGAUGGUGCAGUUGAAGCAGGGCUACCAUGAGGUCAAAGAGCAGCAGGCUGGGUGUGGAACCAGCUCCCAUGAUGCCUUUGCCCAAAAUGGUCCACGGGGUCAGGAGACAUUGGGCACCACAGUGACCAGCAUCAAAGAGCGGCAGGUGUUGGAAUGGUGGAAGGAUCCAGGCGAGAUGCAACAGCAGAUCGCACAGAUCCUCACGAUGUUGCAGCAGCUCUGCAGCAAGAGCAACAGCAGCAAUUCCUGGAGAGACAGCAGCCUGGCCAAGUUUUUGUUCGUGGGCGCCUGGUCCAGCAUUUUGUGCGUGGGCGCCUUCGUCUUGACGCGCUUCGCGUUGGAAGCCUUCGUGGCACCACGCACAACUACCCCGUCGCUGCAGUCCAAGUUGCAGUUGAAGGCCCGUGGCGGUGGCGAGUACGACAUCAGCGAUGCUGACAUCCAGAACUUCUACAACAGCCUGCUGACUGGUGCUGGUGGAGAUCCUCCUAAGGGCACCGUGUUGAGCGAGCUGGUCGUGAAGUUCUUCCAUGGUGACUUCACUCCUCAGGGCUUCAAGCGAUACAGCGGACUCUGGAAGGGACCCCCUCCCGGCAACAUCGGCAAGAAGGACAUUGCCGUGGGCGUGGCCAAGCUGAAGGAGCAGAUGGCCAAUCCCAUGUUCGUGACCAAGGGCGGUGUCGGCUAUGGUGUGGACGAGACCCAGAAGGUGGAGGAUGAUGGCAAGGGCUGGGUGUGGCUGGCUGCCGAGAUGAGCCCCGGAGGCCUGGCCGUGGAGCUCUUCAAAUCGGUGCCCUACGGCAAGCGUGCCAUCCUGGUGGCCAAGCAGAGCAACGUGGACGAACUCUUUCAGAAGGACAUGGAGCUGCCGCUGCAGGACAAGGAAGUCCAGCAAGCAGGAGCUGGAGGCGCUGCACCAACGGGAACAGUUGGAGCCACAACCCAAUGGGGACAUAGCUUGAUAGACACAAGAGCCUAUGGAAGACUGAGAACCUUCUCAGGGAAAGAAGAAGACUGGGCAACAUGGUCAUUUGUGGCAAGGAGCUACUUAGACCUACUCAGCGUUGGCUUUAGAGAGCUGCUUGUGAGCGCAGAAGCAACUGGUCAAGCAACAGAAAUCAGACAGGCCGACAUGUCUGAUAUGGCCAGGACCCACUCCUGGACACUCUUCAACGUGCUGACCCAAAGCGCCGAAGGAAGAGCACUCUCAGUGAUCAUGAACUCCGAGGCAUCCAAUGGACUUCAAGCGUGGAGGAUGCUGAUAGACGCCUACGAGCCGAGAGUCGGAGGCAGAUACACAGCGAUGCUUAUGGGAAUCAUAGGACCACAAUGGGGUCAUGUGAAGGAAGCAAAUUUCCUGGAAAGCCUGGAUACAUGGGAAAUCCAGAUACGACGCUAUGAGGACCAAAGCAAACAGAAGGUGACAGACGCAGCCAAAUGCGCUGUGGUGAUGAAGAACGCCCCAAGUGGAAUCAGAACUGCUCUGAGAACAAGCAGUAGCAGAAUUGGCAGCGACUACGAGCUGUUGAAAAAGGCCAUCAAGGACUACAUGCAGACUGGAGUUGAUUUGAUGGAAAAGGACGGCAAGAACUCAAAAGGAAAUCCAGGAAAGAGCUACAACAGCUACAGCACUGGAAGCAGAAAAUUCCAGGGAAGUUGUUCCUACUGUGGCAAAUGGGGGUACAAGAAAUCAGAAUGCCGCAGCAGAGAGCGUGACAAGAAAGGAAAAGGAGGAAGCGCCAAUGCGGUGGACAAAGAAGAAGACAAGAGCACCAAUGCAGUGCAGUACGACAGCCUGGACAACAAAGAAGACUGGGAUCCAGAAGAAGUCUGGCAAUCCAGAAGGGAAACAGGCAAAUGGCCGAGGAUUCAGUAUCAAAAUCCAGAUCAUGAGUCUGGUGGAGCAUCAUCAAGCUCAAGACCCGCUGAGGUCGUAUCAGUGUCCUGGAGAGGAUUGCCCAAAGCAGAAACUUCGGGAAAGAAGUGGGUAGCAAAGAAAAGAUGGGCAGAGAUCCAGGAGGAAGAAGAAGCUGAGGCGAAGGAUGAGGUUCAGAUGAACAUGUGUGCAAGCAAGACUUUGGAGGAUACGGUGAAGAACAGAAGUGGGCGAAAGGAAAAUGAUCCUGCAAUCAUUGACCCAGGUGGAGCCUCAUACCUGACGCGCUACAGUGUAGAAGAGAGUAUCCCGCUCUACAUGCAUGGCAAUAGCUUCUACCUCAGGCUACUGGCAGUCAAGACGGUACCAAUGACAACAAAGGUGCCAAAAGCAAUUGUAGCGCCAGUGACAGGAAUUGGAGAAGCUGAAGACUGGGAACACCCUGAAGGGAAGAGUGAGGAUGAGACUGAGGAAGUCCCAGAAGCCGGAAUAACAGACAGGCAGAUCGAGAGCAAAAUGAGCUUGACACCACAAUCCAGAAUCGUGGAUAUGAGAAACGGGCUGAAGCAACUUGGCUAUGUGAUUCAUGGCAGCAAGGAAGAAGCUGACGCGCUACCUGAUCCAAACAAAGAGCCACGGGAUCAGGACGAGAAAGAGUACAGCAUGUGGAGUAUUCAAAGUUGGAAAGAAUGUGUUGGCCAGCUACUGCCGAGGUUCCUUGGUGUGAACACCAAGAUGAGAGUUCAUUUGGACUCGGGCGCCGCCAGAGGCGUGUUCCAGCGUCAAGGAGCUGGACGAAUCAGGCACUUGGAAAUCAAAAGCCUGUGGGUGCAAACUGCGUUACGCGAAAGACAGUUCACCCUGCAUGCAGUCGGCACACAUGACAAUGUAGCCGAUGUUGGAACAAAAGCCUUAGCAGUCCAGAAGCUGAAGAAGUUCAGGGAUGAGUUAGGCGUAAUCUCAGAAGAGGAAUUCCGUGGAACGGAUGAGUUGAAGACCCAUGCCAAGCAAGGCGUUGUUGGCGGAGUACAGCUACAGAACGUGCUGAAAGUUCUGAUUGCGCUGGGAAUGAUGCAGCCAACCAAGGCUGAUGGAGAAAUGCAGUUGUGGAGCCCUGAAGACAAAAGGUCAGGGUGGAUCUUCGACGUUGUGUUCGCAAUCAACGUGAUGCAGAUCAUCGCAAUGAUGUUGUGGCUGACGUGGAAAGGCAUCAGUGUAGCAAGGAAAUGGAUCAAAAGCCAGAGUCGUGAAGCUGAGGAUGACAGAUCCCAGUGGACCAGGGUGCAAGGCCGAAGGCCAGAGAAUCAAGACCUCCGGAGAAGUGGGGCAAGGAUGUCAGCUGCGAGUUCCAGCAGUGAGACGACAACAACAGCAAGACCUCAAGGAGACGACAGAACUCCCAGUCAAAGGAGUGAGAAAAGCCAAUACGCGUAUGAGAAAAGAGCAGGGAAAGAAAUCUGCUACGACAAAUGCUACCCGCUCGAAGGGAGCAAUCCACCAAAGUUCUACAAAUCCGGAGCUGGAGAGUGUGUGCACAUGAGCUCCCAGUGUUACGGAUUGAGGAACAGAAAAUCCCCAGUGCAACUGCUGAGGGUGUGCGCUUACUGCCAUGAUGAGCAGGUGCAUAGCGCGAUGAGCAGCACGAUGAGAGAAGGUCGAGAAGCUCACAUGAGAGCCGGGCGUAGCACAGAUCUGGCAGAUCAAGCAGCGCUGAGUGGACUCACGGUGAGACGUGGAGUCGUUGAGAAGUCUCAAGUUGGCAUCAAGAAGUUUGGUAUGGAUCAAGAAUGUCUCUGGCGGGCUGCAGGCAGAAAUCGUGGAGAGAUGCGAAUGGCUUAUGAUAUUCUAAGGAAAGGCAGCCCGAAGGCUGACUUGGCAGGUUGGGAGUUGGACUUGGAGAACUUCACCCGCCAUGCACAGCGCUUCGCUGAACUGGACACCAAUCAGGAUGGCUAUCUGGAAGGUGCAGAGGCCAAGAGCCAUUUCGGACUCUCCAGGUUGUCACCUGUCCGCUUAGCCGAAAUUUGGGCUUUGGCGGAUGAAGGCCGCGAUGGAAGGCUGUCGUUACCCGAGUUUGUUUGCGCAGCUGAGCUAAUGGAGCGCGCCAGCAAAGGCUACGAGAUGCCUGCGAAGCUGCCGCCGCCCUUGUGGGACAGCGCUCUGAGGCAUGCCGCAGAUUUCAGCCUUCCAAAGAAAGAGUCGUGGACCAUCUCUCCUGAGGAAUGGCAAAGUUGUCGCAGCAUCUUCGAGGCCAAGUGUAACGACGCCAACUUCCUGGAACCCAACGAGGCCAGAGAGAUCUUGGACAGGUCAGAGUUACCUCACGCAGAGCUGUCGCAGAUUUGGAACCUCUCCGACUUGGACGGUGAUGGCCAACUUCGCUUCGGCGAGUUCCUCUGCGCCAUGCACCUGGCGGAAAGGCGCCGAAAAGGGGGCGAACUUCCCAGCCGUUUGCCCGAUGCGUUGCUCCAAGUGGCCACAGAAGACUUGCCCAACAAGCUUGAAAUGCCAGUCCCGCCACCUGACUUCGAGCCACCGGUGACUGAGAGCUUCAACCCCGCGGCUGCAGAGAGCUCCUGGGAUCCCACCGUGAGUGAAUUGGAGCAGUACAAAAACAUCUUCGAAGGCCUGGACCUCUCUGAUGGCUUGGCAGCGGCGGAAGCGAAG